AUGGUAUUUCUUCGGGGUGUUAGGCCUGUUCCUGGUAGACAUGCUUGUGUUGGGAGUCCUGAAGAUAUUGUUGCAACUAACUCACUUGGUUUUCUUAGCAAUGGUGGUGAGGUUAAGGUUAAGAAGAAUGGUGUUUGUUCAAAGUCCCAAAUGAAGGUUUUGGAGAAUCAUCAACAACAUUUGGAUAAGAAAUUGAUGGUUUUUGGUAGAUGUAAAUCUCAGACAACAAAAGAUUCUGUUGUUGAUUUUGUGAAGAAGGAAAAGUUAGCAAGAUUGAAGUCAUUGAAUUCAAGGACUAUGGUUCCUUCUUCGCCUACUAGUUGCUAUUCUAUGCCGACUACUUUUGAGAAAUUCUCUAAUGGAGUAAAGAAUCAAGCAAGUAUCAAUGGAGUGGAUAGGUUGAUUGCUAAGGUGGGAGUGGUGGAGACAGGAAAGGGUGUUCGUGGCGUUAGUCCUCUUGGGAAGAGAAUUGCGGUUGGAAACUCGAUUAGAAAUUUGGUUCAAGGAAUUGAGCUUGGUGCUAAGGCGCUGCGAAAAAGCUGGGAAGGGAACAUGGAAGUUAAGAGUAAAGAGACAUCCAAAUCAAGGGCUUCUUCCAAGUUUGAUUCUAAGCCUGAUUUUCGUAGCACAUUUAAGUUUGAUUCACAAUUUGAGCUUACUCCUAGGAAAAGUACAUCAAGUGAAAAGUUUUCUUCUAAAGAUUAUGAGAGUAAGACACAAACACCAACCAAGUCCUCUAAGGUAGAGAACAAAAUGCAAAAAUCUAUAAAGAAAGUUAUUGGUGAUGGAACUAUUGAAGAGCAAGAAAAAUCAAGUAAGCAAAGGAACUCUUUUGGAAAGAAAUCAUCAGAAGCCGGAUUUCCUGGAAACUUGGUAAAGGUUUUGAUAAAUAGUAAAAAAGUGACUGAUGCAAGUGUUCAAUGGACUUCACUCCCUUCAUCUAUUGCAAAGCUUGGGAGGGAAGUAAUGAAGCACAGAGAUACAACACUGAUGGCAACAACAGAAGCUAUGCAAGAAGCUGCUGCAGCUGAGAGUUUGCUGCAAUGUCUUAGUUUAUAUGCAGAGCUAAGUAAUUCUGCCAAGGAAAUUAACCCUCAGUGUACAAUCGAUCAGUUUUUAACUCUUCACACUAGCCUGAAUAAUGCACGGAUGAUUGCUGAUUCGCUUUCUAAAACCAUUCCAGAAGGUUCAUCUUCAUCUCCAGACAACGAAAUGAUCACGACAGAAGAAGAAUUAAAACUCAAAUCAAAUAGACAAAAACUUGCAGCUUCUUGGGUCCAACCUGCCUUAUCCACCAAUCUAUCAUCUUUAUUGUUUAUAACCGAGAGCCUCGAUCAUCUAAUAGAAGAUGCGUCAUCAAAAUCUCAAGGAAAAAGCCGUCCGACAGGAGCUAAUUCCAAACAAGCCUUACCAGGAACGCCGCGCAAACAAAACGAAGGAUUAGCCAAUGGGAAAAAGCAAAUAGUCCAACCUCUUCCAGAUUGGAUUAGAGGAAAUGGACUUGACGAGGCGGUUAACUUAGCUGACACGCUACAAUUGAAGUCGCGUGAUUGGUUUUUGUUGUUUGUUGAGAAAUUCUUGGACAGUGACGGAGACAUUGGUUUAUCAAACAAUGGAUCAAGCAAAAACGAAGGAGAAUCGUGUCAGAUACCGGUAGAGACAAUUGAUAGACUAAGGAAGAAGAUAUAUGAAUAUCUUCUUACACAUGUUGAAUCUGCGGCCGCGACACUUACUUGCGAUCCACAGUCACAAUCAUCAGAGAUUAAAGGAAAAAAGUGA